AUAGAAAUUUAAAAAAAUACCACACUUAAUUAUGUUUUACAAUUUAUCAUAUAUAAACACAAAUAUAAACAAAGUAAACAUGCGGUAAACUAUGAAACCGAUUUAUUCUGCGUGUUCAAAACAGCUGUAAACAAACGUACAAAUGAUCAGGAUCGUCUUUGUUUCAAAAUGAUCAAAAAUGGAGUCAUGUACUUUUAGCAGCUUAGCGUGGAGAGAUUACAUAGACAGAAGGGAUUGUAUUUGUUUGAUAAAGGUGAAAAGAAAUCUUUGGCAUUGGAAAGAUACAGAGUUGGAAUAAAAAAGGACUUAAACAUGGAUUCCAUUAACGGAAAUACAACAAGUAUAAAAGAAGAAACAGUCGAUCAUAGUUACGAUUUAGGACACGGCAUUUCUUCAGAAUUGACCAAUAAUUCCAAUAGUGAGAUGAUAAGACCUUUGCAUCUUUUUUCUCAUCAUGAUGCACGUAAUCUCGCGCGAUCUAACGAUGUAUUAAACAAUGCAUCUAAAUUAUCAAUAAGUGCUGGUAAUUAUCUUAAUCAAGGAGAUGUGGAUAAAAUCAAAAUCAAAACUGAACAAAAUAGUGAUGUUAGAUUUAAAAAUAUUGAAAAGGAGAGCAUCUUUAACAAGGAACAAAACAUUAAAAUUGAGAAAGUUUCAAAUGCAAAUGCAGCAAAACAAUCUACUGAUGAUACACAAACUAAUACGAAAACGAUAGAUUCGUUUCAGGAUCUUUCUGUAUCUGGAGUUGAUGGGCAAAACGAAAAUUCAACUGGUUCAACAUCUAACGUAGUUCUGGAGUUUUGGGAGGUCGACAAAUCAGAAAUGUCCUGCAAUAUUGUGAAGGAAUCAUCACAGCUCGUUGGACACAGAGAUGAACAAGAGAUCAGCCCUGGGACAAAACAAAAAGAAAACGUAACAUCAGCAUCUGACAUUUUGAAAAAUAGAAGGACAAAUUUGAAACAAAAUCCUCCAAAAAGUACAAGUGCACAAUAUAUGAUUAAGGAAAACACAGGAAAUAAUGAAAGAAGUCAACAAUAUCUUGGUUUUAAAGGGUCCGAUAAAAUAUCAUCGUCACCUGACAAAUGUACUUCUGAAACUUUGAAAAUUACAAAUGAGAAGCUCUCGUCAGAAAAGGCACUACCGUCAAUUCUUAAACAUCGACGGAAAGUUAAUAUAAUUUAUAAGAACAUAUCGGAACCAACUCAAACAAUGGUACCGAAGGGUAGUUUUGCCCCAAUGAAAAUAAAAACAAUCACGAAAGAAGAUCAACGGAUUUUUCCAAGUGGUUUAGGAAAAGUUCAAAAUUACCGGGAAACUACUAGUUUAUUAAUUGAUAAAGCUAAAAGAGGUGCUGUCAAUCAAAAAGUGAACCAACAGACUGCAUCGGAUCCUUUUGUUCCUGAAGGAAUUGUAAUGUUCUCAGAAAGUUUUGAUCAUGCCACUCCAAGGAUAGUACAACAAAAUGAUAUGGGAUCAAAAGGUUCCAAACCAGUCACGAAAUUAGAACAAGGGACUUUACAAAAUUGUAUAGGAAAAGUUCAAAAUGACCAAAUAACUAAUGAGGCAUUAUUGGUCAACGCUAAUAAAAGUGCUGACAACAAAGCAGUGAGCCAGCAAACUUCAUCGGAUUCUUCUGUCCCAUGCCAUGAACGAACCGCAAUGUACUCAGAAAGUUCGGAUCAUGGUACUCCAUGGAUCGUACAACAAAAUGAUAUAAUAUCAAAAGGUCAUAAACCAAUCACGAAAGUAAAACAACGGCCAUUACAAAAUGGUUUAGGAAAAAGUCAAAAUGAUCAAAUAACUAAUGAGGCAUUAUUGGUCAACGCUAAUAAAAGUGCUGUCAACAAAGCAGUGAGCCAGCAAACUUCAUCGGAUUCUUCUGUCCCAUGCCAUGAACGAACCGCAGUGUACUCAGAAAGUUCGGAUCAUGGUACUCCAUGGAUAUAUCAAAAUAAGGAUUUUAGACCGAAAUAUUCCAAUCUAAUGACGAAAGUAGAAAAACCGAAUUUACACACUUCAUCGGAUUCUGUCGUACCGUCCCCUGAACGAAUCGAAAUGUACUCAGAAAGUUUUGAACACAAUACUCCUAGGAUAGUACAUCAAAAUGAUGUAGGAUCAAACAAAUUUAAAAGCAAUCGAAUUUUAUAUGUCGAAAAUAGAACAUUAAAGAAGGAUAUUGGAGACAAAAAUAAAAGAAAGGAUUUACAAAUUGCUCGUUCAGAAUUUGUAAACCUGCCCCCUCGGAUACCUCAUUAUAAAAAGAAAGUCAUCGUGAACAUACUACCUAAACCAGGUUCAAAUAUCUUGUCCGAAAAUGCACCAGCUAAUGCUAAUAAAACAACUCUAUCUUUUAAAAAUUUACCAGAAGCACCUGCAACUAACUUGGUGAGUUUAAUGAAAAAUCCUUUCCAGGCGAAUCCGUCUGCUUUAUCACACAGCUUACUUCAGAAUUGCAUAGUUCUUAUGGAUCAAAACCAAUCAUGUAGUGUGAUACGAGACAAUUCAUUUACAACAAUGCAGCCGAUUACGUAUAUUCCGCUCGAGUCCGUACCAUCCGCAACAGUUUUAACAGCGUUACCUCUCGGCAGUGUGUAUAUACCAUUUCCAGUACCGUCAAGUCACUCAAAUACGGUACCAACUUAUAGCGAAAAUUUACAACAGACAGCAGUUGAACAAAUGUUGAAUACUCCAUCAGAUGGUGUGGUAGUUAAUCGUUCACCUGUUAACCAAACUAUACAUCCUAAUUCGAUAAAUAACUUGGAAUAUGUAUUAAAUAGAGAAGGUUUACAACCAAAUUUGUCUUUUUCUUCACUUGGUAAUAGCGUCCAACAGGAUUAUCUAUCUCAAACUAUUCCGUUAGUUCAGACAUCGAAUGGGAAGAAGACAAACACGAUUUCGUUGGAUGCAAAUAACACUAAACAUUCACUGCCAAAUGGAAGUUUUUCACUUAAAUCAGAAAAUCAACAAUUAAUAAAUUACCAGUUGGACCAAACUUUGUCAGGACGACCAGAAAACCAUUCGAUUCGUUUGCAAUUGGAAGAGGGUUUAGAUGCACAAGUGAAGAGUAAAUCAAAACAUGUAACAUCGGAUUUAUCACUUAAUGAUACAGUCCGAGAGUCUUCCACUCAAUCAUCAUCAUUUAAAGCAGGCACGAAUACACCAGAAGGAAAAAGUGGCUAUUUAAGCGCAUGUGAAAUAAUGGGAACUCCACAACACACAAACCACGAAACACUACAAAAGAAGAAAAAUAAUGGUAUACAAGAAAAGCUGUUACGACCAAAGAUUAAUUGGAAAAAUUUGAGGCGUCAAAAAUAUUUAGGGAAUACGGGGAGACCGUAUCAACCAAAAGAUGGUAUAAGCAGAGUACGCGUAGACGAAACAAAGGGAAUGCUGCAACAGACUAACUAUGAAAAACAAGAAAAGCCAAAAAACAAUCUUAUACAAGAGCCUCGACCGAAGAUAAAUUGGAAAAAUCUGAGGCGUCCUAAACGUUUAGGGGAUACGAGGAUGCGGAAAACGUCUUUUUUAAAUCGUAUUCCAGGAAAGAAACGAAAGUACACAAUUACAAAUCCGCUUGUUUUAGAAAGAUUAAGGAGAUGUUGUGCUGAUAAGUAUAAGACUCCGAUGCCCUCCGAUAUUAUACAUGACGGUACAGAGGUAGAGUCUCCUGACUUAAAUAUUGUGGUAGAAUCAGUGUAUUCAUUAUCUCAUGAAACUGACAGGGCAAAAGAAAUACUUUUACAUUGUAACUGGUUUUUGAAAAGACAACGUUCCUAUUUUAUGAAUAAGUUUAAACGAAAAAUGAAAUUGUUUGGCAUUAGUAAUCGUAAAGAAUUUACAGACUCAAAACUAAGUGCUCCAUGUUUAGUUGUUCUCGAUUGCUUACCAAACUGUCCGAAAAGAACAUUAAGAAAGUGUGGACAGACAAGAAAGAUAUAUACAAAGAAAACAGAGGCUUGCACGCAACAAUGCCGCGACAAGGUAGUAUCCGAUUUCUGCUAUAAAAUAUCCAAAGGAAAGAUUAUUAAGCACUACAAGCAAAAAAUGGAACGAGACGAAAAGAAUGAAGAUUUGAACCAGAUAUAUGAUUGCGAUAACAAAGAAUCGACUAAUCUUAAUAUUUCGACACUUGAGAUUAUGACGUUAUUAAAAACAGCAUUGGUCGUGAAUAUGGUUCAUAACUCAACAGGGCAAACGAGAACACCCCUGCCAACAGAUAUCAAGGCGUUGAUCCAGAUGUUUCCGCGAAUAGUGGAUGCAAAUGAUAAUGAAUUCUGGCAAGUUAAAAUCGCGAAUAAUUCAAUACUUAUAAAUUCUACAGAAUUAGAGAGUGAUAAUUUAUCGGCGAUUGUUAAUGAGAAAUUACGACAAGAUCGCAAAAUAGAUUUGCAGUUGCGAAAUGAAUCAAAUUCGACACCACCAGAUUUAAUUUUUGAUUUAUCGGAUGAUUCAUCUGUAAUUUUAUCAGAAUCGUCGGAUGAUAAAGACGAACCUUUGAUGAAAUUGAACAAAGGCGAAGAAUGUGACAGAAGGAACAACAAUGAUGAUAGUGACCCCACUACCUUAAUUGCUAAGUAUACAUAUCACAGAAGAAGUACGAGUCCAUGGUCAGACGUGUCUGAUGUUGACGAUCGCAACUUAACAGUUGAAACAGCUGCCAACAUCGAUUCCUUAUGUGUGUCUGCAAUUUCAAAUACUAAAGAACAGACCGUACCAAGAGCAGCACAUGAGGAGGAACGUAGAAAUGGUGUUCAAUUUGUCACCCUAACCGACAAACGAAAGAAAGAACCUUUAAAUGAUAAAGAAACGUGUAAAAAAGACUCGAACUGCACACUUCCGUAUUGCGCUGGAGAAGACCUGUCGGAAGAGAUAUCCAAUGUUAAUACAUCUACCACUGAAAGCAUUAUGCAACAUUUGCAGUUGAAGGACCUUCUUUCCGACAGCAUGCAGCACUAUCCUACAAUUGAGAAAGUUGUCCCGAAGCUACAAGAAUUUAAAAGCAGUCUUAACGGAAUGUUGAAUAACAUUUCUUAUAAACGUAAGAAGAAAACAGUAAGAGAGCCAUCAUAUCAGAAUCAAAUUGAUAGCUCUGAUAUAGACAUUGAGAUCGUUAAUGACGAGACGGACACUCGCACAGGGAAACGCUUGUCCACGCGUGAUAUAGGUACACACAAUGACUUAACUGAUCGGUUGAUCACGGACAUCUUCCAAGAAUCGCAUACAGUAGAUUCAAAAUGUUCAACCGAAAGCAACUUGGAGACGAUCAGUCUAGAAGAUAUAAAUGAAAGUGAAAAAGAUGACGAGUAAAAUACUGUUAAUAAAACAGUUACAUUUGAUACGAUUAUUUAAUGGAAGAAGAUCAAAGAAAAAUCACUACUUCAAAUAGUUCUUGUACUUGAUUAACGUAAGAAAAAUACUUAUGCAGGAGAUAUGUUACCGUAGAAGCAACUAUCUUCUGUUACCGAAAUAUGAGAAGUUUGAUUUGAGUUAGAUUGAACGAUGUUUUACAUUUUUUUUUAUCAAUUGUUAAAAUUGAUUUUUAUGUCAGAAAAACAUUCAAUGACACAAUUGUCUUUUAUGAAUAGGUUUAUUUGUGACUUUAUCUCAGCAUUAUGUUAACAACUUAUUUUGUUAGUAAAGAUGGUA